UGGUUGCCGCACUCCUGGCUUCCAGUUUGCAGGGGCAGAGAGGCGGCGUUGUGUGCUUCUCACUGUCAUGCGCUGCUGACUUCACACUGACCAGUAGACAGACAGACUGACGGACGGACAGACGCUGGUGAACGCCGAGCUGCUUCUCUUCUGAGUUCUCCGAGCCUCCGCUGCCAUGGAGAACGGACAUACCAAGACCACCGAGGAGUGCCUCGCCUACUUCGGUGCGAAUGAGACCACCGGACUGUCACCGGAGCAGGUCAAGAAGAACUUCGCUAAGUAUGGCCCCAACGAACUCCCAGCCGAGGAGGGAAAAACGCUAUGGGAGCUGGUGGUGGAGCAGUUUGAGGAUCUGCUGGUGCGAAUCCUGCUACUGGCUGCCUGCAUCUCCUUUGUCCUGGCCUGGUUUGAAGAAGGAGAGGAGACCAUCACUGCCUUUGUGGAGCCCUUUGUCAUCCUGCUCAUUCUUAUCGCCAAUGCCGUCGUUGGUGUCUGGCAGGAAAGGAAUGCUGAGAGCGCCAUUGAGGCCCUGAAGGAGUACGAGCCUGAGAUGGGCAAAGUGUACAGGACUGACAGGAAGAGCGUCCAGAGAAUCAAGGCCAGGGAGAUCGUGCCUGGAGACAUUGUGGAGGUGGCCGUUGGUGACAAGGUCCCUGCAGACAUCCGUCUGACAUCCAUCCGCUCCACCACCCUGCGUGUUGACCAGUCCAUCCUGACAGGAGAGUCCGUCUCUGUUAUCAAGCACACUGACGUCGUUCCCGACACCAGGGCUGUCAACCAGGACAAGAAGAACAUGCUGUUCUCAGGCACCAACAUUGCAGCUGGCAAGGCAGUGGGUGUGGUGGUCUCCACCGGUGUCAGCACUGAGAUUGGUAAGAUCCGCGACCAGAUGGCUGCCACAGAGCAAGAGAAAACGCCUCUGCAGCAGAAACUGGAUGAGUUUGGCGAGCAGCUGUCCAAGGUCAUCUCCCUCAUCUGUGUGGCUGUGUGGCUCAUCAACAUCGGUCACUUCAAUGACCCCGUGCACGGUGGCUCCUGGAUCCGAGGCGCCGUCUACUACUUCAAGAUCGCUGUGGCCUUGGCUGUGGCCGCCAUUCCUGAAGGUCUGCCAGCUGUCAUUACCACCUGCUUGGCUUUAGGCACACGCAGAAUGGCCAAGAAGAAUGCCAUUGUCAGGAGUCUGCCCUCCGUGGAGACCCUGGGCUGCACCUCAGUCAUCUGCUCAGAUAAGACUGGCACACUGACCACCAACCAGAUGUCCGUGUGCAAGAUGUUCAUCGUUGACAAAGUGGAUGGUGACACCUGCGUCCUCAAUGACUUCAACAUCUCUGGCUCCAAGUACGCCCCCGAGGGUGAAGUAACGAAGAAUGACAAGCAAGUCAAGUGCGGUCAGUAUGAUGGACUGGUGGAGCUGGCCACCAUUUGCGCACUCUGCAAUGACUCUUCCCUGGAUUACAACGAGGCUAAAGGUGUCUAUGAGAAGGUCGGUGAGGCCACUGAAACUGCCCUGUGCUGCCUGGUGGAAAAGAUGAACGUCUUCAACACUGAAGUCCGUGGCCUGUCCAAAGUGGAGCGUGCCAAUGCUUGUACCUCGGUCAUCAAGCAGCUCAUGAAGAAGGAGUUCACUCUGGAAUUCUCCAGGGACAGGAAGUCAAUGUCCGUCUUCUGCUCCCCUGCAAAGGCGUCCCGUGCUGCUGUGGGCAACAAGAUGUUUGUCAAAGGUGCCCCAGAAGGAGUAAUUGACCGUUGCGCCUAUGUUCGUGUUGGCACCACCCGUGUUCCCCUCACUCCUCCAGUCAAGGAAAAGAUCAUGACAGUCAUCAAGGAAUGGGGUACAGGCCGUGACACCUUGAGGUGCUUGGCCCUGGCCACACGUGAUACCCCACUGAAGAAAGAAGAGAUGAACUUGGAGGACUCCACCAAGUUUGCAGAGUAUGAGUGUGACUUGACCUUUGUGGGCUGCGUCGGCAUGCUGGAUCCACCCCGCAAGGAAGUCACUGGCUCAAUUGACCUCUGCCGCAAGGCUGGAAUUCGUGUCAUCAUGAUUACAGGUGAUAACAAAGGAACUGCUGUGGCCAUCUGCCGCCGUAUUGGCAUCUUUGGUGAGGAUGAGGAAGUGACUGGCCGAGCCUUCACUGGCCGUGAGUUUGAUGAUCUGCCACCCGCUGAGCAGAGAGAGGCCUGCCGUGUGGCCUGCUGCUACGCCAGAGUGGAGCCAUCCCACAAGUCAAAGAUUGUGGAGUUCCUGCAGUCCUUCGAUGAGAUCACUGCCAUGACUGGUGAUGGUGUCAAUGAUGCCCCUGCACUGAAGAAGGCUGAGAUUGGCAUUGCCAUGGGCUCUGGCACAGCUGUCGCCAAGUCAGCCUCUGAGAUGGUCCUGGCUGAUGACAACUUCUCCUCCAUUGUGGCUGCCGUAGAGGAGGGCCGUGCCAUCUACAACAACAUGAAGCAGUUCAUCCGUUACCUCAUCUCCUCUAACGUGGGUGAGGUGGUCUGUAUCUUCCUCACUGCUGCCCUUGGCCUGCCUGAGGCUUUGAUCCCUGUGCAGCUGCUGUGGGUCAACUUGGUCACAGAUGGACUGCCAGCCACCGCCCUGGGCUUCAAUCCCCCUGACCUGGACAUCAUGGGCAAGCAACCCCGCAGCCCCAAGGAGCCCCUCAUUAGCGGCUGGCUCUUCUUCAGAUACAUGGCCAUUGGAGGGUACGUCGGUGCAGCUACCGUUGGAGCAGCAGCCUGGUGGUUCAUGUAUGCAGAUGAUGGCCCUCAUGUCACCUACUACCAGCUGUCCCAUUUCAUGCAGUGCACAGAGGAGAACGCAGACUUUGAGGGCUUGGAAUGCGAAGUCUUUGAGUCACCCGCCCCCAUGACCAUGGCAUUGUCUGUGCUGGUCACCAUUGAGAUGUGCAAUGCCCUCAACAGCUUGUCUGAGAACCAGUCCCUGGUCAGAAUGCCACCCUGGUCCAACUGCUGGCUGCUGGGUGCCAUCUGCCUGUCCAUGUCUCUGCACUUCCUGAUCAUCUACGUGGACCCUCUACCUAUGAUCUUCAAACUGACACAUCUGACCGUCACCCAAUGGCUGGUGGUCCUUAAAAUCUCCUUCCCAGUCAUCCUUCUGGAUGAACUGCUCAAGUUUGUGGCCCGCACCUAUCUGGAAGCAUAAACCCGCUCCCUCUUCCUUCCCUGCUCCUGUCUUAAAGAGAAAGAUGACAAAUUCAUAACAAACAAAUGGAAAUGAAGAAGACAACAGCAGCACAGAAGAAGAUGAGAAGAAGAAGAAGAAGAAGGACAUUUUAUUCUAGGAGUUUUCUUAAUUGUAUUAAAGAGAGAUUUUAUUACUAAC